AUGAAUUCAUUGCUUUCUUCAGAUCUUCGUUACAAUCUCAAAUCACCACCACGAGCUGUGUGGAGUCCUGAAGAGAAUAAGAAAUUUGAGGAAUUGAUCAAAGAAAUUCCUCUUGAUUGUCCACAUAUUUUCGAGAAAAUUGCUCGUGAGCUACCAUCGAAAAGUAUACUAGAUAUUAAGGAACACUACGGGUCGUUAAUUGAAGGAGUAUUUAUAAGGCAUAGGCCAAGUUUCAUAGAGGUACCUAACUAUGGGAACAGUGAAAUUGGUGAAAUUGUUGAAGAAUUACCCAAUAAGAAGAAAAAAGGAAAAGAAGUAGCACCUGCUGUGGAAGAAAAACCCAAGAAGAAACGAGGAAUGGGGGAUCAAUGGACCAAAGAAGAACAUGAGUUGUUCGAAGAGGGUUUAAUGAUAUAUGGUAAGGGAGAUUGGAAAAGCAUUGCAAGGCAUGUUUCGACAAAGAACAAUACACAAAUUGCAAGUCAUGCCCAAAAAUACUUUCUUCGCCUCGAGAAAACUAAUGCCCAACAAAAUGCAACAUACUCCUUUGGAUCAAGUAAGGCCUCAACUUCCAAAGAUGCACCAAUGUCUCCAACUGCAUCAGCUACCUAUCUUCCUGUGCAGAGUGAUGCGUUUUUCAUUCAUCCAUCUUACUCUAUGUGCCCUUCUAAUAAGUUUCAUUAUUGA